GGCGAAGCCAAGCACAGCAGCGGGCCGGGCCGGGCCGGGCAGGGCAAGGAUGGGCGCCACGCAACUCAAGGCGGAGCCGCCGCCGCCGCCGCCGCCGCUGGAGCCCUGAGUGAGAUCCGCGCUGGAGGCGCCCCGGCCCAGGGAGGAGCCCUGUCAUCCCAUCGUCACUUUCUUGGCUGUACAAUACACUUGUGGGUCGCCGGCCUUCUCCUAUAGCACCAUUUCAUCACACUCGCCUGCCCCCCAGAGACUGCGCGUUGCACUGAGGGCGUCUUUGGAUUGGCCCAAGCCACCGGAGGCCGGACCGUUCUGCCGUGAGCUGAUCGGAAGGUUUGAGGAGGAGAGCUACUUUCCCCGAGAGGAAACAAAAUGGCCACCACACAGGAGGUGCCUCCACCCGCGUUAGGCCUCCAUUUUCUGUACCCUUUAGAAGAAACGAUGCCGCCAAGGGUGAAAAUGGAGGAGCCUGGCCCACCGUGCCCAGAAGCAGGCUGGGAAUGGGAUGCUGCGGGGAAAGCCCCCCUCGUCGUCCAGGCAGGCACAAUUAGCGAUCUGCUCAGGUGGGCUACCCCUCCUCAGGUGAGGAGUGACCCAAUACCACAGCUAUGGGAAGUUCAGUGUCAGGAGAUGGUCCAGUCCCUGCGGACGCCGGCGGAAGUUGUGCCAACCCCUGUCCCUGUCCCUGUCCCGCCCCCAGCCCCCGCCUGGGGAAACCUCCAGCUCCCUGAACUUGCGCCUGUGGAUGACAUUGAGGCCUACUUGUCUUCCUUUGAGCGAGCGGCAGAAACCUGCCAGUGGCCCCGAGGAGAGUGGAUGACACGGCUCAUGCCGGCCCUGGGUGGGAAAGCCCAGCAGCCGCACAAUGGCCUGGAUGCCCGGGGCAGCAGGAACGACCACAGGAAGUCCAAGUCGUUCGGCCUGCGAGGGGAGACGGGCGCCACUGUGGAGAUGCAGCGCCAGCGUUUCCGGCAGUUCCGUUACCAGGACGCCGAAGGCCCGCGGGAGGCUUGCAGGAGGCUGCGGGAGCUUUGCCGCCGCUGGCUGAAGCCGGAAAGCCGUACCAAGGAGCAAAUCCUGGAGCUGCUGAUCCUUGAGCAGUUCCUAACCAUCUUGCCCCAGGACAUCCAGAGCUGGGUGUGGGAACGAGGCCCUGAGACGUGUGCCCAGGCUGUGGCCUUAGUGGAGGGGUACCAGAUGGGAAGGCGAGAGGCCAGCAUGUGGGAGCAACAGGUUACAGUACGGGUGAAAGUCGAACAGGUGAGCCCGCAAAAUAUGAUUUUGCCUGGAGCACCAUGGGAGCCUUCUGCUCCACUGCUGCCCCAUCCUGAGUGCAUAUCCUCAGCUGAAGUAACACUAAACCAGCUCCCCCCUGGCCCCCCUCUCAAGAUGCCCUGCAUCCCCAAACAGGAGCCCCGAGGCCUUCAGGAAACAGGUGUCUUGGUGGCCAAUGGGACCCGAGAGGAGAACCCUUUGCAGGGAGGGCCCAUGGAAGUGGAGGCUCAUGGGACUUUUCCCACUGCAAACUCUCAAGAGAAUGUGUCCUCUGAGAAUCGCGAGCGAGUGACUCAGCAACGGGAGGAGAGAUGCAGUGAGACAGGAGAUAAUCCGGCCACACGUCCCAGCCACAUUGGAGUCCCCCACCCGGCUGGAAAGCCCCUCCACCGAUGCUCAGAAUGUGGGAAAACGUUUAGCCGUAACUCACACCUGCUCACUCAUCAGAGGAUCCAUACAGGUGAGAAACCCCACCAGUGUCCACAAUGCGGCAAGCGUUUCGGUCACACCUCCCAGCUAACCCGGCAUCAGAGGACCCACGCCUCGGAGAGACCGUUCCGAUGUCCUCAGUGCAGUCGGAGUUUUUACCAGAGCUCCGAGCUGACCAGACAUAGGGCAUCCCACGCAAGAGAUCGCCCGUAUGGGUGCAGCCAAUGCGGGAAGAAAUUCCGGUGGAGCUCUGAUCUCAUUCGACACCAGAUCACCCACACGGGAGAGAGACCUUAUAAAUGCCCCGAGUGCGGGAAGAAGUUUGGGCAGAACUCGCACCUGGUUCGGCAUCGUAGAACCCACACGACUUAGCUGAGAUCUUCCCUGACAGAAGGAAAUCUACAUUUCCCAGCGCCAAGUGUUCGCCGAGGGCCAAAGUGUGGACCAUUCUCAGCACCAAGCUUGAUGACGUAAUGAGCCAGAAGACUGAUGUCCUUUCAGCUCAGCAACUGCAGAUAAAUCUUGGUCGGGGAUGGCUUAGUUAGAGUGAAUCCUACUUAUGUGCAAAGAGGGAUGGACAAAUGUGGCCGGUUCCCGGUCCUGUUUUGUGUUCCACCUGGAGGUCACAGCAGAACCAGACUGAAUUCUCUAGGAUGCUAAGUCUUGCUUGAGUUGGCUUCUUGAACAACACUGAACCCAUAACAUUGUGGUGACGCCAGUUAGAUCUCUCUCUCUCUCUCUCUCUCUCUUUCUCUUCGUUUUUGUUUUGUUAGAAAAAGAGAAAUCUUCUAGUCAUCUAGACAGGUUUACUGUUACAUAAUACAGCCUGUAUUCCCCAUCCCAAAACCAUAACUUUGUAGUGAAACACAAGCAAUGAGUCUUCUUUUUUUUAGAGAAGGUGCCCACUCUGUAUUGGGGGUUGGGGGUGGGGGGAAUCCUCAGGACAAUGGAGAUCCCUCUGCGGCAAGCUGCUUUGGUGCUUUUCGAGGGGUGGGGGAAGAAUUACAACUUUGAUCAAUGGGAAAGUUGUCAACAGAAGGCUUAUUCAGUUGUUAAUAGCCACAUCGGUCUACACAAGUACUAUGUUUUAAGUGGGACUAGAAGUCCCAUCCUGGCCUCAUCACUCACCCCGAUGCCUGCCACUCCCAGAUGUGGUGGCAUUCGUCCGAAGAGGCGAACACCACUUCUGUGAUCGGGAGACUCAGACGCCCGAGCUACCUGAUCACGGAAGCGCCCGCCAUCACAUACGUAGCUGUGAGCAGCAGGCCGCAGGGGUGAGUGACGUAGCUGGGGCGGGAUUUUCAGCCCCAUUUGAAACAUCAUGUGCAGUGAAGAUGUUGCCAUUCACUUCUAAAUAAGCCAUGUGGGUUGCACUGAUAUGGGAAUGUACAGGUGGGAUGGCAGUGACACUGGGAAUCUGAAUGGGCAUUGGGGGCUGACGAAAGUUCAGAUCAAACAAGCUCCACUGUACAUCCAGCUGGCAUCCCAGGGGCUUGAUUCAGACCCCAGGCUUUAAAUCGGAGCCCCGGCAUCACCACUGAUCCCAGGGAUCCCUCUCAGUGUCAUUCUGUACCCCAGCCUUUUUCUCCCACCAUGAUCCAGGAUGCUGGUAAAGGGCUCUUUAUUUACACAUGCACACAUCUGCAGCAGAGGAUAGUUAUCUGUCCUACACAAACCAAGUCAAGGGCAAAUAGAGCUGAGCAGGAGAAGUGGAUAAAGGGACGGUUCUGCCAAAGCCUUUGGUGCUGUGGAGAAGGGGGUUAAAGAGCCCUUUGUCUGGGUGAGAGCAAGUCAGUGGGCAGAGCCCACAGUUGCUGGUCCUCCAACCUUUUUCUCAGAAUUGCCCUGUUAAAACCUACUUGCCAAUGGUGGAUCUGCGCCCAUAAAUGACCACAGAGGAAAAGGAGAUAAUCUAAGGAUUCCUGGCCGACAUACGGGGGAAGGUUACACUGGUGCAGCAAGAAGCAGACUAACAGAACUUCCCAACUAAUUGCAGUGGGGAAGUUGCGCAGGGACAUAUUUUUGAGAGGCAUCAAAAAUGGCCACUUUCCUGCUGCACUGAUGCAGUUGGGGAUUUUUGUUAGGCUGCUCUCAGUGCAAUGGUACACCCUUCUUCUGCCUGUCAGCCCCUAUCUACAAAAGGAACAAUCAACUUCUGAGCUCUUCUUAUAAAGCCAAACACACUUCUGUGGAUAACGAUGCAGUACCCAUUCACAUUGCUAGCCCAUCAGUCUAAUGCCUGUCCUAGAUGGCAGGUGUGUGCUAGGUUAAGUGAAUCUCUGGACAAGGUGAUAAUUUUCAUUACCACUGAGAUCCCUUCCACUCUGCCUGUCUGCCCACACACAUGUUGACCAUGCCACUCACAGAGAGCUAUUUGCUCUGCCUCCCACCCCCUCCCCACCUUGGCCUUUUGGAUAAUGUCAUGAAGGUGCAGAGUCAAAUUCGUGUGGCACUUUUUCCAUAGAGUGGCAACCUCAUGGAAGUCACAAUCUCGACCACUUCCAAAGUGCUCUAAGGCUACAUUCUGUAGAGAUAUAACGGGGAUAAUGGGAGUUGUAGUCUACCAGUUGGGGAGCCUCAGGUUGGCUACCCCUGUUAUAGAACAUAUAUUUGGAUCCCGCCCCCCGCCACACACAUAGACCAUGGCUGUGUGUACUUAAUGUGAUUCUGUGUAAAUGAGUUUGGAUUGGGCCACAAAAUUCAGCAUCCUGAGAAUUUGCAAUCUGUGGUGAAGCAGGGGAGAGAGAAGUAGUGGGAAGCGAAAGCCCUGGAAGAUGGGGCAAGAGUUUCUAGCAGUCAGAAGAUGAAGUUUCAAUGGCAGGUAGGGUUCUUUGUCCCUCCUCAGAACAAGCACAGCACAAUAAAUUUAUGCAAAAAAUAAAUAUAUGCAAAUAGGCUUGAUUUGCACAGGUUCCAGAAUUCAUUUUCUCUAGAUACAAAAUUUCUGUGAGCUUGCAACCAAAUUCUGAUUUAACUUAAAAAAAAAAAAAAUGUGUAUACUUGGGGCCGCACAGCUGCCUUUAUGGUGCUAAGGAGCAGUCAGCUUUUAUUAUAGUGUAGCAGCUUAAUGGAAGUGCUAGAUUGAUCAGCAUAGUUUUAUCACUGAAUAGCAGCCCUAUUUAAUUCCAGACUGGCCAGGUUUGCGGGGAGCAAGUGUUUUGUUGUUGGUAUUUUUAAGCUUUAAAAAUGUUGGGAGUGGUGGAUUAGGAGGAGGGCUCAGGACCCCCUAGCUUCCAGGAGCAGCUGUGAAUGGCCUUAUUUUAGGACUGGUAGCACAAUGUACUGUAGCAGAAUUCACAGCCAGAGUGGCAUUUCAAAAAUGUCCCUGCAGGCCCCGGGUCUCUCCCCAGGCAUCUCACAUACACACCCAAUUUCAUGCAAACAGAGGUUGGACAAGUAUCCAUGAAGAACACUUUAAAACUAGCCGACCCUGCACAGAACAUCUGUGCAGUAUUUGGGGCCGGCGUUUCCCAUCCGGGCUGAUCCCCCCCCCCGCCUGGUGGUUUCUGGCCAGCUUUAAAGCUGGCCCGUCCCAUCCUGGGCCGUCUCCUCUUGCUGGCAGCCCAGCCACCUCCUCACCCCACUGCCACCGCGGCCGGGCCCCAAACCACCACUGCCACCUCCCCAUCGCGGCCAGGCGCACCGCUUCCCUCGUGCGGCUCCUUCCCAAUCGGCCCCCAGUUUCUCUGUCCUUGCUCCCGUCUUUGCCGGGAACUCUUGCAGUGUGUCCACACAAGAGUUCCGCACGAGAGUUCCGGCCCGAAGACAUGCAUCCCCACGGUGGGCGGCUAAGAGAAAUAAUUAUGUAGGUAGAUAUUACUGACCACUGAUACUUCAGUUCCCAGAGUCUGCCAAUUUGGCAACAGAGGCUAGGUUCCAUAUCUGGAAAGGAGACUGGUGCCAACUGAGGCCAUUUUCCCAUGGCACGUACUCUGAAAUAAGACUGCCAACCAGCCAGGGUAAAAAUGGUUCAGCCAGUUCUUUGAACUCUGGACAUCAGAUGUUUUUGCAUAAAAGCGAGCAUUUGCGGCUGGUUUUCAGCAGUCAUGGAACAAUGCUGGAUAAUAAUUUUUUAAAAAAUAGUAAAAACCGGCAACAUGAUUUUCACACAGUAGGCAUACUUGAAUUGGUAGCUCUCAUUACGAAGGAGCCAAAUAACAUGUAUUGCAGGUGGGUGAUCCCAAGUUCAAUCCCUGGCAGCUCCAGGCCGGGCUGGGAAAUAUCCCUGGAGAGCCACUGCCAGCCAGCGUAGGGCUAGUCUGUCUCUAAGCCGCUUUUAUAUGUACGUAUAUACAGUGCAGUCUGUGCAUCCUCCAUAGCCACGCAAGCUGAAUCUGAGAUUCUGUUUUGCUGAAGGAGGUGGGGUGGGUGGUGAUGAGAGGCCUGCAAUUUUUAACUGCCCCUUGGUUGCCAACCAACAUUUAUACUUGCCACUGACCCUUGAGGGUAAGGGAUGGGUCUUGCCUGUGAUGGCAAGAGCUUUGGAGAUUCCCUAAGCUCUUCCAAGGCCCAGUAUCACUGCAGGAGUAAGCUCACGGGCCCCUCCUCAGCUCUAAGAAGGCAGAGGCUAAUCCUUGUCCAGUUGAGUCUUCAAGAGGCUCAGUGGAAGAUCCCCUACCUUUCUCCAAGCCUAGAGAAGAACAGGAUCAUCUUCUCGCCCCUGUACUGAAUAGGAAGGCUCGGCACGCAGCAAGAUUAUCUCACUGCUUUCCAAGGCCAGCAGUAGCUCUGGGGGGUCCCCACCCUUCUCUCAGUCCAGGAGAAGUCAGGGAAGCAGAUCUUGUUGGGUGGAGGCGGGGCGGGGGAGACUGAUUCCCCACUACCCCAGGCAAGCUGAUGAUCACCUUGGUCAGUCCCUGGUGGUGGUGACAACCAUGUCGUAGCAACUCGUUCAUGAGAGCCAAGCGGAUUAUUCUUACACUUGCUUCUCUGUACAGCUUCUUCACCCCAGGCUCAACCUACCAGGUCUGCCAGCACCAGCCACAGGAAUAAAGUGUUUCCUGUUGGCUGUGAUCUUACUGAAGCCCAUCAGGCUCUGCCCUCUGACCUGUCUCCUGAGCCUUCCUGGCUACCAGCAACCCUCCUCCUAGCUCCCUUAGGGCUUUUCUCCAACCACAGCCUGCUGGAGGCUGAUGGCUACUCAGGAAGCCUUUGAAAGCGCAAAGGAACGCCAUGUUAGUUACUUUCCAUGAAGUCCUGCGGCCAAAGAAUAGAAAAGCAACUUCGCCGGUACUACAUACGGUCACUAUCCCUGAUAAGGGCCAAGGCGGAUCUUGUUCCUCAUCUUUCGCUCUUUGACUAGCAUGUGGAUCUUGGGGCUGGACAGUUGGACAGUUCCUUAAAAAAAAGAAGAUUGGGUUUUAUUUUCAUUUGUUUGUAUGGAUUAAUUUUGAACGACAAAUUAAACAUCUCACAUUU